UAACACUCGGGAUUGUGCCUCUUAACAGGAGAUUGGAAAUUAAUAAUAUUGAAACCUCGAAAUACGUAAAUAAAAAGAAAGUGUUCAUAGCAAGGGUAAAGAAGCAUUUUAUUUUGAAUAGCGCAAAAAGUAGAUUGAGGGACCUGGCAAAAGGGACUGAAAUUAUAGAAAAUAACUGGCAUAGUUUUUGUUUUUUUUGUUUACGGGCGAAGUAUGAAUUCGUAUUUUGCAAACCCGUCGCUCUCGUGCCAUUUAUCUGCUGGUCAAGACGUUUUGCCGAAUGUUCCCUUAAAUUCCACCACUUAUGACACAGUCAGACACUUUCCGUCGUACGGUGCAGCUGUGACACAGAAUCGGAUAUACGCACCGUUCUAUUCUCCUCAAGACAAUGUGGUUUUUGGGACGAGCAGAGCACCAUAUGAAUAUGGAUCAAAUGUUUUUCUUCAAGAAAAAGAUGUGCUCCCCAGUUGCAGACAAACAAGUAUGGGACUCAAUACACAAAGCCACAUUUCUCCAGAGUACAGCUUGGAUCAAGCAAGAACAGGAACACAAGAGCAGAAAGCCAACGUCCAAAUCUACCCUUGGAUGCAGCGAAUGAACUCUCACAGCGGAGUCGGGUAUGGAUCAGACAGACGCAGAGGACGUCAAAUUUACUCUCGAUACCAAACACUAGAGCUCGAGAAGGAAUUCCAUUUCAAUCGCUAUCUGACCAGACGCCGACGUAUAGAAAUUGCAAAUGCUCUUUGUUUAACAGAACGUCAAAUAAAAAUCUGGUUCCAGAACCGCCGUAUGAAAUGGAAAAAGGAGAGCAAUCUCACUUCGACUGUGACGGGAAGUGAGUCGACAGCAGCAUCUGUGGAGGAGCAACGCAGUGGUGCAGAAGAAGAGAAAGACGAUGAAAAGAAGAAAGAUUGAAUUACAUUUAACUACAGCACGGAAUCCAACGUUACUACCUAUAGUCCCAAGGACCAGAGACUUAAUUGCAUGAUAUAGGCAACUAUGCAGCUUGUACUUCUCUUUCAGACACAGGCUUCAAGGGUUUUACAACCAGCAGAAACCUCCAGAUUAUAUGGGGGAAAAUAAGGAAUUUUGACUCCUUAGAGUGUCGGCGUAAAACUACCUACUUUGUUAGAAAGUGUCCUGUUAUGCUACCUGUGUUGUGAAAUGAAAAGUUCUUAUUUCAACAUAAAACGUGUUCCCAUUCACAAAACGUUCACGAAAUAUUAACUUAAUCACAGUGUUAAUUAAGAUCAUCCAGUGAAAAUAUGAAGGGCGUGACGGAUACACACCUACUUUAGGUUCGUACCGCAUCAAGUGUAUAUGGCUUGUGCUAUCCUGCAAAGCUGCAGGGAUACUAAAGAUACUAUAGAUAUGUGUAUAUAUUCAUUGUCAGUCGUUUGAAGACUUAUGUGCAUUCUGCUGCUUUGAUAGAAGCUCUUACAACUGUACACAAAGCUAUUUUAGAUCAUCUGAUUCCAGACUAAAGGAAGAGUGAUAAACAAUUUUGUUUCGUGUU